CAGGUGCUUCCCUGGGACGAGCGGUCGGUCUCCGGUGGAGUCACGCCCAGGAGCCGUACCUGCCUGGGCCCUCUCUCCUGCCCCGGCUUCUGUCGGACCUCAGGCCAGGCUCAGCCCCGCUCACGCCUCCCACCCUAUAAGAGGGUGGGUGAAGCCACCUUUACCCAGCGUCCUAGCCGUGAAGUUACCUUCUAUCCCUCCCAGGACCCGGGGAGCCUGGCCUGCAGAGAUAGGGGCUGCAGGUGUUGGGGGGCAGCGAGGAGCCCCUGUGUCUCCCUGCGCAGGCUCUCCCAUAGGGCCGGAGGCCCGGAGACACGGGGUCUGGUCGACGAGCGUUGGGCGGGGGCCAGGCUGGUUCCCUGGGCCUUGGUCAUUCAUUUCUUCGUCAGGCAAGUGUUUGGGGCCCCUCCUGGGGCUGUAGGCUGGGAGGCCACGGCCCUUCGAGACUCAAGCCUUGUGACAACUUAGGGCACCGUACACAGAGAAAGCACUGGCGAAGGCAGGGGGACCAGGGGCGAGUCCCGGGGCUGCGGUCCAAAUGGAGUUAGCUGGCCAGGACGACGGGGUCCCGAAACUGGCGAGCCGCGCGCGACACACGCAGGUACCGGCACCACUACCCGGAUUUGAUAGAACGGGAUGGCAACGGUGACAUGCCAAACCUGAGUUUCUACAGAAACGAGAUCCGGUUCCUGCCCAACGGCUGUUUCAUUGAAGACAUUCUUCAGAACUGGAGGGAGGACUACGACGUCCUGGAAGAGAAUCACUCCUACAUCCAGUGGCUGUUUCCUCUUCGUGAACCUGGAGUGAACUGGCAUGCCAAGCCCCUCACGCUCCGGGAGGUUGAGGCAUUUAAAAGCUGCAAGGAGGUCAGGGAGCGGUUUGUGCAGGCCUACGAGCUCAUGCUGGGGUUCUACGGGAUCCAGCUAGAAGACAGGAGCUCGGGUCAGGUGCGCCGAGCACAGAACUACCAGAAGCGCUUCCAGAACCUCAACUGGCACAGCCACAACAACCUCCGCAUCACGCGCAUCCUCAAGUCCCUGGGCGAGCUGGGCCUGGAGCGCUACCAGGCGCCGCUGGCGCGCUUCUUCCUGGAGGAGACGCUGGUGCGCCAGGAGCUGCCGGCCGUGCGCCAGAGCGCCCUGGACUACUUCGUGUUCACCGUGCGCUGCCCGCGCCAGCGCCGCCAGCUGCUGCGCUUCGCGUGGGAGCACUUCCGGCCGCGCCGCAAGUUCGUGUGGGGGCCGCACGACAAGCUGCGGAGGCUGCGGCCGCCCCUGCCCGCGGGGGAGGGGGAGGGGGAGGGGGAGGGGAGCUCCCCGGACCCCCUCCCGGGGGCCGGCGCCUCGGGGGGCCAGACCGGCGCGCCGGGGCGGGCCGGGGGCCAGGAAGGGGAGGCGGGCGGCCGCGGGGAGGGGGGCCCGGAGCCCCCGAGCCCCAAGGAGAACAAGAAGAGGAAGCUGGACGCCAGCCGGCGGGAGCAGGCCCCGGGGGAACGGGGCGGCCAGAGCGCCUCGGACGUGGAGAAGAUCGCCCUGAACCUGGAGGGCUGCGCCCUCAGCCAGGGCGGCCUGAGCGGGGGGACCCAGGAAUCGGGCAGCCGGGCCCCGGGGGAGGCCGAGCAGCCCUGCCCCCAGCCCCCGCCGGGGGCCAAGGUGGUGGAGGAGGUGAGGAAGAGAAGGAAGGUGGACCGGGGCCCCGGGAGCGGCGACUCGGUGGGUGCCGGUGGUGGGGCCGAGCCCCCAGCCCCCGCCCGGCGCUGCGCCCUGCCAGGGUGCCCCGAGGCCAGAGAGGAGGAUAAUGGGGUGGAGGAGGCCGGUGGCCGGGCAGAGCUAGAGCAGGGUGCCCCUGGGAGCUCAGCCCCCGCGGGACCCUCGGUAGAUAGGGAAGCAGAGGCGGGGCCUGCGGCCAAACCCAGAAAGCCUUAAGGGAAAGGGCCGCCUGGGCAUCCUGCCCUCCGUCCUGCCGCGGGUCUGGGGAGCCACGUGGUCAGCUGUUGUCAGCACGGAGCAGUACUGGUCUGUCCCUCCUGGUCACCGCAGCCGUGGAAGGAGCAGAUCCGCGCUCUGGGAAGGCCAGGGACUCGGGGAUCCUUACCUCCAGCGCACUUCCUGCCUCCCUCCUCCAAGCCACCGCCCCCCCAUCUUUGUAAAUUGGCCCUCAAGGGUCUGGGGGCGGGGGGGCGGGAAUGGGGGCUCAUUUUCUUAGUCUGGUGCCGAAACCUUUUCUGAAUAAACUCAUUUGACUUUGA